UUGUACAGUAACUUCCGGUUGUAAACAAGAACAAUUUUGGGAGGCGGUGAGAAAAUUUCGUGUUGAUUAAGACAGAGUAGAAAAUAUCCAAGAUGAGUACAGAAUAUGUAGAGAGAACAGAGACUACCACCACCUCUGAUGGAAGUGGUAUAUCUUUCCAGAGUGGCUUCCUUCGCUCUCUGCCAGGGUACCUUAAAAUUGCAGAGAUGGUAUUGGACUUGAUUGCCUUCAUCUGUGCUUCAGUGGACUGGUGGGUUCCUCUGGGACAAGGCUGGGCUCAGUUUGUCUUCAUAUCAGCUCUGAUAACAACUCUCAUCUUUUUUAUAUUUCAUCUCUUCAAUGUUUUCUCCAAGCUCCCAGGCCCAUGGAUAUUCAUUGAGUUUGUAUAUUAUGUGGUGUACUGCGUUCUCAUCUUUAUUGCUGUCAUUGUCUGCCUGGCCAGGGGAGCUCAGUAUAGCCACGGGGGAAUUAUUGCAGCCACGGUUUUCGGAAUGGCUGCAUUGGCCGUGUACAUCAUAGACACCUGGUUCAUGUUCAGGAACUGGCAGUCAUCUAGGCAUGCUGGAACCUCAGGAAGUGGUACCAGUGGUACCACCACCACCACUACCACCCACACCACUUACGAAACUAGAACCCAGUACUAAAAUAUCAGGGUCACUUCAACAUUCCUCAAAUAUGAACUAUGAAGGAUGAAGUGAAAGAUCUGAAACAAAUUUAGUUUUGAUUAUUUUUUUUAUAGAAUUACUAAUCUGUUGUUAUUAUUAUAUUUUUACCAUCCAGGUACCUUGUUGCCAUUUUCUAGUUUAUGUGUUUUGUUGAUGAAAAGAGAUUAGACAAAGAUUUAAUUUUGUGGUGAUUAGUUUUUUUUAUAUGUUAAUGCGACAUUUAUAUACAUGUACGUAAAAUUUCUUUCCUUAUCAUUUCACUCGGGCAAAUAGGAAUUUAUUAUGAAAAUUCUGUAUUGACUUUUUCCUUGCGUAACAUCAGAGAGCUAGAUUGGUGAUCAAUACAGAAGUUGUGAAAAAAAAAUCAAUGUUGUUAAACAGUAGUUGUCACAAACCACAUGUUACCAUCAGAUUAAUUUUUCUUUAUUGGUAAUUAGAAAACCUAUUUGUAGGGGGGGGGGGUUAAAAAUGUCAAAAAUCAAUUGAUAUGUGGUGACACUGGAACAAAACAUUUGUUAGCUGUAUGGCAGGGUUCUGUUUAAGCAGACUAAAAAGUUUUUUUAAAUGACCUUAUGGAAUGUUGUUAAAAACUGACAAAGACAUAUUUUAAAGAGUGCCAUGAAUUUCCACCUGACCUUUUCUCUCAGAGGUUGUUCAAAUAAGUGAUUUUUCUUUCUCUUUUUUAAUGUUGAUUGCAUGAUCCCUGCAUCAAGACUUUAGGUAGAUGGCUUACUGGUAGACAAAGUUUAUUAUCCAAAUUAUUGUAGCUCUUGAAAUUAUGUAUAACAAUAGAAUACAAUAUAAUAUUGUAUUAAAUAUACAUUGUAAUUUGUGAAGGGAGGGAUUUCUCCAUUGGGUAUUGUAUUGCUGUUUUUGGUGCUAAAGCAAUUAAAUAUUAAAGAAUACUGUAAUUGUAGGCAAUUUAUGUUCAAGUACUUGUACUACUUAAGAGAAAAUAUGAAAGGAACAAAAAGGAAAUCUUCAUUGUAUGAAAUAAUCCCUUGGAAAAUUUCACUCCCUUGCAUAAAUGCACAAUUGUGAUGUACAUCAUAAGUCAGAUAUAUAUAUGUUGUAUAGAGUCUUUGCUAUACAUGUAUCAUAUUUAUGAAUGAAUGUUGUAUAAUCUUGAUGAGAAUAUAUUUAAUGUAUAGGAUGUAUAAUAAUUUCAUUAAAAAUCUCUCUAAUUAUUGCAUAAUGAACUCUGUAGACAGUGUGGUGUGUAUUAGUUUAUUUAGUUUUUUCCUGAUAAAAACUAAGAGCUGUUUAAUAGGAGGAAAUUUUUUUUAUGAUAAACAAGAAUGUCAUUACACAAGAAUGUCCUUUCAAUGUGGCAAAUAAUAUUCUGAAAUUUUAAUAUGUUGAUACCAUUAGAAAUUCUCAAGCAGAAGUAUAAAAAGGAAAAAAAAAAUCAACGAUGUACAUUAUUGCUUACUAAGAAAUUAAAACUUUACAAAUUUCUCCCCGUUCUAUCUACUCUUAAAAUAAUGAGAUUUAAAGCCAUUUACAGAGUACAUAGGUGUUUAGGGAUGUGACCCCCCACCCCUUUCGUGUUCCGUACCUUAAGGGUUCUUUGACUUUUUUAAAAUAAAUAUUUUUCUAUGACAAAUUCACAAAGUAUUACAACUGAAAAAUCCAAAAUAUAACGUAAAACUAGCCUUUUAUAAAAAUUCACACUCUGAUACUAAAAGAAAACGUUCUCUUUUAGUAUCAGAGAGUGUGAAUUUUUAUAAAAGGCUAGUUUUAGGUUUUAUUUUGGAUUUUUCAGUUGUAAUACUUUGUGAAUGUGUCACAGAAAAAUAUUUUAUUUAAAAAAAAGUCAAAGAACCCUUGGGAUACGGAACACGAAAGGGGGAGGGAGUCCCGUUCUCAAGCACCUGUGACAAAGUUUUGCUAUUUUAUCUUAAUAAAAUUCUCUGGCAUAGUGCAGCUGUUCUUAAGCAGGUGUUGGUGUGUAUAUCAUUAACCCUUAGUUGUGUGUUAAAUGAGUUAAACCGGUAUUCAAUAAAAACCAAAAAAGUCUUA